CUGGUGUUCUCUCAAUUCGAACCCCUGACGACCGGCUCCGAUACAAGAUGUUGCCGUGCCCGGCCUUAGGUUGCUCUUUUCGGGAGGGGAGAAAUAGAUGGGUGGUCUCCGAUCAUCCAUCACGCCGGGUGAGACGCUUCAGUGUCUCUCCUUCACGGAAACGAAUCGAAUCAUGAAGGUCGGUGGUGUACUGCUUAUGGCCGCCGUGGCCCAGGCCACAUUCACGCCCGGCUUGAACUCGUCCUCUCUGACGACCCUUAUUACGAGAGUCCCCCAAUGCGCGAUGGCAUGCCUCAUCGACGGGUACCACUCAACCAACUGCCCCAUUGACAAGUUAGCAGACUGCGUCUGCACGGACAUCCCAUUGCAGGCGCGCAGUUCGCAGUGUGUACAGCUGUCAUGCGACUUCAACGACCAAAUCGCCACCGUCAACGUUACCCAAGAGCUGUGCAAGGGCUACCCCAAUGAACCGCGAGCACGACCCGCCAAGUUCUUGUCCGUCGGCCUUCCUACCAUGACUCUUGUGGUUGUGCUCCUUCGAUGCGCGACCCGGAUACAUGUUUCUAGGCGGUUAUGGUGGGACGACGGUGCGGCUUUGUUGUCUAUGGCGCUCCUCGCAGUAUUAUCGGGUCUCGGCUACGCAAAUGAAGACUUGGGGUUCGGACACCACUACUGGAACAUCGACCCCGGGAACAGCAAGACGAUCUUGCAGGUCUAUGUAUUGCAAAUGCUCUACAUUUUCGUACAAGCAUUCGCCAAAAUCUCCAUCGCUUGCAUCUACUCUCGCGUCUUCGCUAGCAAGACCUUCCGCCUGAAGACAAACAUCUUCAUGAUCUUCGUUACAACACACAGCCUUCUGUUCCUACUUCUUAUCAUCUUCCAAUGUACCCCGAUCCAGUCCAUCUGGAACCGAGCCAUCCCGAGCCAGUGCCUUAAUAUUUCAGCUAUUAGUAAUGGCGGCGCGGCCUUUAGCAUUUUCGAGGAUAUGAUUCUUAUUAUCCUCCCCAUUCCGGAACUUCUAAAACUUCACCUGGAUAGGAAGAAGAAGGCCGCUUUGUUCGGCAUGCUCGCCCUGGGGUCAUUUGCAUGUAUUGCCAGUAUGAUCCGACUCAAAUAUAUGAUCACGUUUGCUCAUUCUUUUGACCCUACUUGGGACUACGUGGACGUCGUCGACUGGUCUUCCCUCGAGCUCAACGCCGCCGUUAUGUGCGGCAGCCUCCCAGCCCUCCGACCCCUCUUCAUCAAAGCGCGAACCCUCGCAUCUGCCAUCAAGUUGUCCUCGGGUAGCGGCGCGCCCACCUCCACCAGCGGCAAGCUUGACCAGCACCAGCAACGGCAUAGUUUCGCGGUGGGCAACAUCGCACCGCGCCCUUCGAGGUCCCACCAGGCCAGCGCCCAGUCGUGGCCCGCGGACGCGGACACGGACCAGAAGCCCAUUAGGCUGGACUCCCUUGAAACCGAGUCGGCGCCGAGCGACAGCAAAUCUAACCACUACUACCGAGAGACGGCGAUCGAGGGGAGCGGUAGUGAUUUGGACAGCGGACCGUGGUCGGCGGGUGCGGCCUCGGCGGUAUUUGAUGAGGAGCAGAUGAAAGGCCCGGGUAUUAGAAAAUAGAUAGAUAGUCAUGACUUCCAUUUCAUGUUCUUGCCUACUCAGAAGCUUCAAUUUCUUCUAUAGUCCACGUCGUUUUGCCUUCGACGUCGGGCGGACUGAGGCUUCGAUGUCGUGACACAGGUCCAAAAACCUCGAGCAUUGCUGGUGGUGGAGUUCACAGACUGUCUCAACUCGCUCCUGGAAUCAUAUGGACCUCGCAACC